AUGUCGUGCCCGUUGUUCUUCGUAGUUGCCCGUGUCGUCGGCUACUACUGGGGCCACGACCUCUCCGCCUCCGAGCCAGACACCCUCUGGGGCCUCGAAGGGUACACCCACCCGGCGGGCUUCUUCCUCGGCCACACCUCGACCGACGUCUUCAAGCGCGAGAUGCGCCUCGCGGACGAGCAGAAGCUGCUAAAGACCGUCCAGGGCAUCGGCAGCCCGGACUACGAUCUGCAUCACUAUGACCUCGCUGGCGGCUGGUUAAAGCGGGAGGAUGAUCCCGGGAAGGACUCUCGGGAUAGCGCGGUCGCUGUUGUGUAUUUUUGGGCGGCGGAGGAAGGUAGGAGGGAGGAGGUUGUGAGGAGUUUGGAGGGGUUUGCGAAAGCGCAGAGGGAGAGGGCGGUUGGGGAGGCGGAGUUGCAGAGCUGUGCUGUUUUGAGGGAGGUUAUGGAUAGGAGGUUGGCGACAUUGUGGUUACGUACAAAGACUCAACAGCACCUCAAGUCUCAAUUGGAGACAAAGGAUUACAAGGACUUGCUCGCGACUUUGCAGCCGUUGACUGUCCGGACGGAGACGCACCUAUCGCAAGUCUUUAAUGGACACAUUGAUCAGCCACCGACAGGGACUGGUGCGUGA